CGAUGAGCUCAUCUCAUGGCCCCAACCGAUCUUUAUAUAUUGGAAUGUGUCGAAGUGAACUUCUGCACAACACAAGCAAAGCCUUCUUCUUCUCUGUGGCAAAUUUCCAUGGCUUCGGAGUCUCAGAGCUGUCCCUUGGAGAUGGUGACCGUCGAACGAGAAGCUCAGGGAGGGUGCCCCGAUGUUCGGGUCGGUGUAGGGUCGGAGGGACCCGGUGGGGUGGAGCUAACAUGGGAGGACUUGUGGGUGACGACGUCGAAAGGCAAUGGGCCGUCGGCGGCCAUUCUUUCUGGUGUAACCGGGUUCGCCCGGCCCGGCGAGGUCCUCGCAAUCAUGGGCCCAUCUGGUUGUGGAAAGUCCACUCUGCUCGAUGCUCUUUCUGGGAGAUUAGGAUCACAAAUGAGCCAAUCAGGGCUUAUACUUGUAAAUGGUCGAAGGCAAAUGCUUUCAUAUGGGACAUUGGCAUAUGUUACUCAAGAAGACAUUCUAAUGACCACCUUAACAGUUAAAGAGGCCAUCUACUACUCUGCAGAGCUAUUGCUUCCUGAUUGGAUGUCUAAGUCUCAGAAAAGGGAGAGAGCUGAGCAAGUGAUUAUAGAAAUGGGCUUGCAAGAUGCCAUGGAAACUAGAAUUGGAGGAAGGAGCAAAAAAGGCAUUAGUGGUGGGCAAAGGAGGAGGGUUAGCAUUUGCAUAGAGAUUUUGACCCGCCCGAAACUCCUAUUUCUUGAUGAGCCCACGAGCGGACUCGAUAGCGCUGCGUCAUAUCAUGUUAUGAGCAGGAUAGUAAACCAAGCUCGACAACAUGGUGGUACUGUCAUUACCUCCAUCCAUCAACCAUGUUCUGAAGUAUUUGAGCUUUUUGACAAUUUGUGCCUUUUGUGUUCUGGAAAUACUAUCUAUUUUGGCCCUAUUUCAUCAACUAGCAAGUUCUUUGCACUCAAUGGCUAUCCUUGUCCACCAAUGAUGAACCCUUCUGAUCAUUUUCUUCGAACCAUCAACAAAGAUUUCGAUUUGGUGAUUGGAGAAGGUUGUAACAAUAACUGCUCAUCAAACACAACAGAAGUCAUUAAGAUAUUAAUAAGUUCUUACAAAUCUUCCAAUUUUUGCCAACAAGUGUUGAGGGAAGUUGCUCAAAGUCAUAGCAAUAAAGGAGCAAAAGUGAAGAAGGGAAGGCAGGCUAGCUUCAUUGGAAAAUGUUCGGUGCUCACAAGGAGGUCAUUUGUGAACAUGUAUAGAGAUCCAGGAUACUACUGGUUACGACUUGCAAUAUAUUUUGCUCUGUGUUUGAGCAUUGGGACCAUCUUCUACGAUAUUGGAUAUGCUUAUGGCUCAAUUCAGGCCAGAGGUUCAAUGCUACUGUUUGUUGCAGGGUACCUUACAUUUAUGGCAAUUGGCGGAUUUCCUUCAUUUGUGGAGGACAUAAAGAUUUUCCGACGAGAGAGGCUGAACGGCCACUACGGCCCCUCUGCAUUCAUUAUCGCAAACACGCUCUCCUCAGCGCCUUUCCUCUUCCUCAUCUCAAUCAUCCCCGCCUCCGCCGCCUACUAUCUAGUCGGUCUCCAACGAGACCUACAACACUUCAUAUUUUUUACUCUUAUUCUCUACUCAAGCAUGCUACUCGUCGAAGGCCUAAUGAUGAUAGUCGCCAGCAUGGUCCCCGACUUUCUCAUGGGCAUCAUAACUGGUGCCGGCAUCCAGGGCGGUAUGAUCUUAGCCUCCGGCUUCUUUCGACUGCCGAAUGACUUGCCCAGGCUAGUAUGGAAGUACCCAAUUUACUAUAUUGCGUUUCACAAGUAUGCAAAUCAAGGAUAUUACAAGAACGAAUUCAUUGGGUUAACAUUUCAAGGAAAUGAGGGGAAUUCCACAAUUUCUGGAGAGGAGGUGGUGAGGAGUUUUUGGCAAAUGGAGGUUGGGUAUUCAAAGUGGGUUGAUCUUGCAAUCCUGUUUGGAAUGGCGGUGCUUUAUAGGUUGCUGUUUUUUGUUACAGUUAAAGUUAGUGAGCGUUUGAAGUAGAGGAAGACCAAUGGGAUGCUGCAUAUCAUCAUCACUAGAGCUAAUUAAUAUGAAUGUAAUCUGUGGAAUUUGUGUACUAAAUCAGAGAAUUAUUCUCUGAUGGAAAAUGGAUGUAGAAAUAUAUUUCUAUCCUUUUUUCUGCAUAAAUUUCUCUACUUAUAAAUAAUUAUUAUUAUUUGUGGGACA